CAUUUGCCCCUUCCGACCGAUAGCUGCUACCUCGACGUGGUAGUCGGGCUUGCAUAUCGCAAUGACCCAGCGAGCUACACUGGCUGGAACUUAUGUUCCUGUAGGUCCCACCAUCCCAGAAAGGUUGUCUGCAUAGCGGUUAGACAAAAAGCAGCUACCCGAUCCAAUACUAUGAUUCAAACAAGCUCACAAAAUAUCAUGCCGGAUCGGUCGGGGCCCGGAUUAACAACGACCGCACUUUCUGCUGCUGUCACAGGCCAGAAGUGAUAAAUCUGCUACUGAGACACACCAAACAAGAAAGAACAAACAAAAACAGGCCGCGUGUGACCGGCCUCAAGCAGUUGUCCCCUGGGCUCUGCGGUCACGCAACACUAACCUUCUCUCUCUCCCCUUCUCAGGCGUGAGGCUAGCAACAUCACCCUGUAAACAAACCUGUUACAGAAACUUCAGCACGAUGAAUCUCCUUGCGCCAAAAGGAAAAGUCUGUGUGGAGACAUGGAAUGUCCGCACCAUGUACAAGAUUGGCAAAGCUUCCCAGAUCGCAAACGAAAUGAAAAGAUACGGAAUUCAAGUACUGGGGAUAUGCGAAAGCAGAUGGAACGGGAAUGGAUUCAUCAAAUUGUCAACGGGUGAGUCAGUGAUCUACUUCGGUCACACAGAGGAUAACCACAUGCACACCGAGGGCGUGGCUAUCAUGAUGUCACCAACAGCAACAAAGGCCCUCAUGCAAUGGGAGGCGAUCUCGCCCAGAAUAAUGACCGCCAGAUUCAACUCCAAAGGAAGGAAAAUGUCAGUUAUACAAUGCUAUGCACCGACAAACAACGCAGACCUCGAAAAGAAAGAAGAAUUCUACAGACAACUACAGGCAACAAUGGACAAUAUUCCAGUCAGAGACAUUAAAAUACUAAUGGGAGACAUGAACACCAAACUGGGAUCAGACAACACAGGAAGGGAACUCAUCAUGGGUAGAGAAGCUCUCGGAGAAAUGAAUGAAAACGGAGAACUCUUCGCCGACUUCUGCGCCUUCAAUCAACUAGUGAUUGGUGGCAGCGUAUACAAACACAAGGAUAUCCACAAGGCUACAUGGGUGUCACCAGAUGGGCGAACCAAAAACCAAAUCGACUUCAUCUCAAUGUUGCUCAAGGAAGUGGAGGCGCAGCCUGCUCAACACAAAAGUAAGAAGAGGAACAGAUGUUGGCUCAGACCACGUACAAUGGACAAUCCAAAUCAAAUUAAAAGCUUUCAGAGAAACAGGAGCUGCAGUAGACCACAAGCCAAGUUCAACACUCAAAAACUGAAGGACCAGGACACAAAGGACAUCUUCACUGCAAGCAUAAAGGACAAAGCCGAGACACAAAUCAACACUAGCGAAAAGGUCAGCGUCGAAAAGCACUGGAACAACUUAAAAACAGUGUGGAGUGAAACAUGCAUGGAAGUUCUAGGCAGAAAGAAGGGACAGGACAAACAAUGGCUCACUACGGACACUUGGAGACUGAUAGAAGAGAGAGGGACGGUGAAACAAAAGAUUCUCCAGUGCACCGACGAGCAACAAAAACAGGAUUUGAACGCAAGCUACAAAACACUGAACAAAAGAGUAAAGAAGAGUGCCAGGGAAGACAAAAGAAAGUAUUAUGAAGCCAUGGCAAGUAAAGCAGAACAAGCUGCAGGCAAAGGAGACCUCUCAACACUCUACCAAACAACUAGGUACCUAUGGGGCAAAAGUUUGACACAAAUCAAGCCGGUGAAGGAUGACAAUGGAAAGUCACUCACCAAAGAACUGGAGCAAAGGAAACACUGGGCUGAACACUUCAAAAGACUCCUAAAUCGACCACCACCUACAACGCGCCCAACAAUACCAAAAACAGAGACAGAGCUACCAGUGAACACCAACCCCCCGACGAAAUCAGAAGUCCUGAAGGCAAUCAAGAUGCUAAAAGCUGGAAAAGCAGCAGGACCAGACGGAAUCCUAGCAGAAGCAUUGAAAAUGGACCCAAAGACAACAGCGGAAUGGUGACGCCACUACUGGAAAGGUGUGGAAAGAUAGCAAAGUACCCGAGGAUUGGAAGAAAGGAUACUUAUUCAAACUACCAAAGAAAGGAGACCUAAGUCAAUGCAAGAACUGGCGCGGAAUUAUGCUCCUGUCCAUCCCAAGCAAAAUACUAAGCCGCAUCAUCCUGGAGAGAAUCAAACAUGCCAACCUGGAUGAAAACCUCCGACCGGAACAGGCUGGAUUCAAGAGAAACAAGUCAUGCAUUGAUCAGAUCGCCACAUUACGAAUCAUCAUUGAACAAAGCUUGGAAUGGCAGUCACCUCUUUAUCUCAACUUCAUCGACUUUGAAAAGGCCUUCGACAGCGUCAAUCGAGAGGUGCUUUUGCAACUACUUCGCUACUAUGGGGUGCCACCGACAAUUAUACAUCUCAUCCAACAGCUGUACGACAAUGCUGCAUGCCAAGUAAUCCACAACGGGAAACUUACGGAGUCCUUCGAAGUGAGGACAGGAGUAAGACAAGGCUGCCUACUAUCGCCAAUGAUUCUCCUGAUUGCAGUAGACUGGAUAAUGCGACAUACAGCGGGCAAUGAGGGAACAGGCAUAAAAUGGACUCACACAAGAAACAUGGAGGAUCUGGACUUCGUCGAUGAUAUUUGUCUGAUUUUCCACAAACUGGAAGAUAUGCAAGUGAAAAGCAACAAGUUGCCAGAAGAAGCAUCAAAGAUAGGACUUCAGGUGAACAUAAAGGAAGAGGUAAUCAAGAUUCCUGGACAAGAACAACAACAACUGACAACAAUCAGCAUAAAUGGGAGGAACCUGAAAGAAACAACCUCCUUUACCUACCUUGGAAGCAUCGUUUCGACUACAGACGGACGGAACUGACGAGGAUAUCAAAGCAAGGAUCGGAAAAGCAAGACAAGCUUUCACUACUCUCAAGUCUGUGUGGAGGUCAACAACACUCAGCAUCAAAACUAAGAUCCGGAUUUUCAACUCCAAUGUGAAGUCAGUGCUACUAUACGGAUCAGAGACUUGCACUGCGCGUCAUGAAGAGCAUCUCAAACAAACUACAGACCUUCAUUAACAGUUGUCUUCGCUCAAUACCACUCGAGAUCAGUUGGCUAGAAAAUAUCAGCAACGGGGACCUUUGGGAGCGAACCAACCAGGAACCAAUUGUGAAACAAAUAGGCAGGAAGAAAUGGAGGUGGAUUGGCCAUACUCUGAGGAAACCAUCAAGCGACAUUACUAGACAAGACCUCGAGUGGAACCCGAAAGGGAAGCGGCGAGUUGGUCGUCAGUGCAAGGGUGACUUGGAGGAGUUUAUGUGAAGAGGAGAUGAAAACGUGUGGGCAGACUUGGAGCCAGGUGAAGACUCUAGCAGAGAACCGAACGCAAUGGAGACGCACGGCUGAAGCCCUAUGUUCCUCUAGGAAUUAAAGGACACAAUAAUGAUAAUAAUUGGCCCCACCACUUAUACUGUACC